AUGUUCAAUGAACGCUUUAACCAACAGGCGAUAAACGAGCAUAAUCGACUUCGAGCACUACAUGGAUGUCCAGAACUUCAAUUAGAUGAAGAUUUGAUGCGUGCAGCACAAAAAUGGGCUGACAAUUUAGCCCGUAAUGAAAAAUUAUAUCAUAGUAAUCACAAUGGAUAUGGUGAAAACUUGGCAUUCAAAAUGUCCGCUGCACCUUGUCAAAUAACAGGAGAGGAGGUUUCACAAACAUGGUAUGGUGAAAUUGAUUAUCAUGACUUCAGUCAGUGCUAUCAUUCAAAUUCACGUCAUUUUACUCAAAUGAUAUGGAAGUCUACUACACAUGCUGGAUUCGGGUUAGCUUUUAGUGAAGACAAGACUAAAGCGUAUAUCGUUGGACGCUAUCUACCCGUAGGAAAUAAAGGUGAUUUUCGUUGGAAUGUACCACAGUUUCAAGGCCUAAGAAGAUCUGGUGAUAAUGAAAGUCGGUAUGGAGCAGAUAAUGGCAGUGUUAAAGGUUAUAAUGAAAAUAACGAGAAUACACGAGAAAACAGUGAGAAUACACGAGGCAAUAUGUAUUCAUUGGAUCGAUUCUCUAAUAGAUCAAGCCACAGACAAUCGUUCAGAGAGAGUCUUGGAUUGUCAGAAAGAUGCAAAUGUUAUUGGGAUCAUACACCGUAUGCUCCAGAAGGAAACUCUGUGAUAAAUGAUGAAAUACGUUCAAGAACAGGUUCAAUACGUAGUGGUGACUUUCAGCGUUCUCGGCCUACUUCAUUUUCAAACAAUGAUGAAAUACACUAUAAACCUGUAUAUACAAGAAGUGAUGAAGAUAUGCGUGGCAGAACACUCAGUGUUAACACUAAUACAAAUUCGGGGAAUCCAGAAGACCUGCAUGGUUCACUUUAUAGUCCAACAGUUAUCAAUCUGAAUUUUAUGAAUCCAGAUGAGUGUGUUACUGAAGUAACACAAUCUAAACCAACAGGUGAUUUUGCACCAAGCAAUCGUGUGUCUAUCAGAACAUCACUUAAACGCCCACCAAGAAGUUCUUCACCAGUGUCGAAUGGAUAUAAUUUCGAGAAGGAUAUCACAACUGGGAAGGAUAUUUCAAAUUGCGACAGUAAGUCUUCUCUUUAACUACUACAGUUCUUAAAAAAUUAAAUGUACUACAAUGGUUGAUUGCAGCUAGUUCUUAAUGACAAUCUUAUGGCUUAUUAUGCAUCUGAUAAGGACUACAUAAAAUAUUCAAGAACACAACAUCAAUAGUAUCGUGAAUAGCUCAGCAGUACAAUCACUGACUAAAGCACAGUGUCAUGAGAGUCCGAAUUUUACAAGAGUCCAAACGAUACAAUAACAGUGGACGAGAAAACAAACAUUACCUUAAAAUUAAACUGCAAAAACUGUAUAAAACACUACAUCGGAUAGAGUGGUCACUCCAUUCGCAUCCGUCUACAUCAGCACCAACCGGUAAUGAGGCGUCACGACAUAUCGUCAUUCAUAUCAAUGCAUGCGGACAACUGUGGACAUGAAUUUGAUUGGGAAAAUGGGGAAAUCCUGGAUAGAGGAAAUACGAAGAAUACCAGAGAAUUCGUAGAAGCUUGGUAUUCAGGUCAGUCAGCAGUCAACAGACAUAUUGACCCAAUCUAUAAACCGAUUAAAAACAACAAGCAGGUCGAAAUUCAGGUCAUCAGGCCAACGAAUCAAAAUGAACAUGAAGACGAUGACAAGAUCUAAGCAGAAACAAGCCAUCACACACAACGUCAUCAGGACAAACUAUUAAAUAGAUUGUGGAGGAACACUGACCGCUUACUUCUUUCUGAAGUUUGUGUUGAUGAUGUUGUCUAGAAGGACGCCGAAAGCUUCACGAUCAUACAGUUUAGAUCAGAAAAAAUAACGCUAUCAGUACAGGAAUCAAACGUCGAUCAGACUAGUCUGUCCAUCGCAUGAGUAGUAGCUUUUUCACAACCACUUUAUGAGUAAAUAUGCAGAAGGUAGCUAAACAGUUAUUAAGAAUAUAUUACUUUGUGAUACUAGUUUCCAAAAACGAAACAGGCCUUACUGGUUUUCAGAAGAAAGUUUGACACAUGUCUUUCCUUACUAACAUUGAAGUAUAUCCAAAAUAUUUGAGUGGCAGCAUAGCAAUAAGAUCGUUUGACUAGACUUUGAUGCCUUUCAUUGAAUAUGUCACAUAUUUUGAAUAGGCUAAUGUUGCUCAUCCUCAAAGUAGUAUGUUUCAGUCAGAGCAGAACGGUUAAGAAAAAUCACUCUAAAUAACGAUAAUCUUUCACUCAUUUUGUGAUUACUCAUGGUACAUCUAAACUACAAUACAACAUUACGGUUGUGAUGAAGAAUUACGAGAAGCGUCCUCUUUAGUGAUCAAUAUCCUUUUCAGUACAACCAUUUAUCUUAUUUCAUGGUAUGCUAAUCAUGCAUAAAUCAUGUCCAAAUCACCUUCAUAAUCAUAACUUUGAAAACAUCACACAUAAAUUCAAUGUGUUAUUUGGUCACUAUAACAUGUGCUUCAUGAUAAAGUCUGUAUUUGACCUGUCAUAAUGUCAGCCUAACUACCACUGUCGUCAAAGAUUUUAUUUAAAACGUUGACUUCAGUUUCGAUGAGUGUUUUCCACAAUGGGUAAACCAUAAAUAUUCAGUGUAAGAUGAAGAUAUAACUGAGACAUUUUUUUUUCUAAGAAGUGAUCAAGCAGUAACACUUCAUGCCCCUGUUAGUCUACUGUUUUCUAGUUUGUAAGAUAAUCAAAAUCGUCUGUCAUAUAAUUGUUAUCAAAAUCAUGCAAUCCGUAUCUAACAAGUUUUGAACUAUCGUUUUAAAUCUUGCAGAGGGUAGUUGUUCGAAUCUAUCAAGUAAGGUUAACACUUUUUGAUUUUAUCAGAAUGAAUCUAACUCAGAAUUCACAAGCAUAUGAAAUUUUUCUCUCUGGUUUACUUAUCUAUUUUUUAUAAGUGCGCACUGUUAGAUAUAUAUGUGGACUAAUGUUUUAAUAUAUCGCUAAAGUGGAUAACUAAAAGUGCGAUUAGAUCUCUUCCUUUUUUUCAAAAUCCGUUAACUUUUACAUGACUUCAUUGACAUGUCCACAAUACUGGUUUAAAAGCCUGUUUAGGAAUCAUGAUUUAGUUGUAAAAUGAUGAAGUUUAUAAUCACUACGGUGACACAUAUCUUAAACGAUAGUCUACAGGUCAUCUUCAGUUAUGAGAAAUCAAGAAAUACUCCGGUGACAGAAAGUCUUAUUAACUGAUGGCUAGAACUCACUCAGCCAAUUUGGCAACUGUUACUCUCUGGUGACUGAUCCAUAUGGAUCUAAAACCGUUUUGCGUACUCAGUAUUGCAACGGCUAGUUUUACUGAAAGACGAUUUGCAUAGCUGCUAUGACUGUGACCCCUUUCUGCUGCAAAACAUUAUUUUAAAGGUUUUUACCUGCAAUAAGCAUAAGUAUUAUGUUUUUUCAUAUGACAUUUGCAUCAGUAUACCCAAACAAAUUCACAUCUUCUGGUGUAUAUGAGUGUCUUGAAUUACCGCAUCCUAAUUUUCUAGUGCAAAUUUUACCACUAUUGCUUGGAAUUAGCAUUAUGAAAUCACUUUUCAUCUGAUAUAAUACCUGACAAACACGAAAAAAAGUAUGAGUAUUCACACAGAAGUCAAAACUCUGUACCUCCUGAAUCCAUACUUUUACAAGACAUGUUACUCAUUAAUAGUGACCUAUUUUGUCAGCUUUUCAAACUGUGAGUGAAAACACCUUAUUUCACCAUUCCCACCACUCGAAACGUCAUCCUGUUGAGGAUAGUGUAGCACAUGAGGUCUAUCAAAUAAACCUUCUGUGAAACCGAACUCUGUCAUAGUGCAUAAGUUUCUACAGUUAUAUUUUUAUGAAUAGUUUGCACAUGACCAAUCAGUUCAGUGGACAUCAUUUAGAAUUGGGAAGCCUGAAUAAAUCAGUAAUAACGUCUCUGAUCGGAGUAAUGUGUGAAGCUAGUUCGAGAAAACCAAUCCCCUAAGGUUUCAAAGAUCCCCUGCUGACAGUUAUCAUAAAGUGAAAAACUUAUGUCAAACAGGUUUUCUUUCCUAUUGCAUCCAAUCAUUUGACAGUACCAGAAAUCCAUUUCGAAUGACUUUUCAUCAGCAUGGAGUUAAGCAGGACUGUGUGAUACUUAGAUUGAGAUGACCAGACACAAUUCUGGUGUGAGCCGUUAUUAUGCUACCGUAAUUAAGUCCUAUGCAUGAUAUUCAGUUUGCUGUAAUUGACUGAAAAAUAUGCUAAAAAUAAAGCAGUGUUAAAUAAGAUGCCCACUCAGAAACGUCGAAGGCUCCAUGAAUGAAAACUACAUCAUAAAGGGGGAUACUAAUCCAUAUGAAAUGCUUUUUUAUUUGAAUUGUCACCAAAUAAGAAAGUAAUUCAGAAAGGAAUCAGUGAAUUAAAUUUAAAAGAAUGGGGAGUUAUAAUGAGGAAAAAAUAGUGAGUGGCCCAUGACUUCUCAUACAUCUUAUUCUAAUCAAAUCAUGCCAAACAUUGACUAAUGUGUUAUCGAUGAUGUUUUUAAUUUCAUUCAUUUACAAUAGAUUGCACGA